AUGUCGCAGGCAGACGGUCCCCGUGCCGAGUCCAUCGACGAGCAGGAGCGCGCUCACGCCGCCGAUGGCGACAAGAAGUCCAAGUCCCGAAGACCCGCCAAUACCGCUUUUCGACAACAGCGAUUGAAAGCCUGGCAACCGAUCUUGACCCCCAAAAGUGUGCUACCUUUGUUCUUCAUCGUCGGCGUCCUUUUCGCGCCCAUCGGUGGUGUCCUUAUCUGGGCGAGCUCCCAGGUCCAAGAGCUUGUCAUCGACUACACAGACUGCAAAACUAGCGCGCCGGAGAAUACCAGAGCAGACAUCUCAGACCGCGUAUCCGCAACGUUCAAAGCUUCGACUGCGGACAGCAAAUACUAUUGGCAACGGUCCAAUGGCACCGACAACACCACCGUGUGCUCUCUCUAUUUCAACAUCCCCGAGUCUAUGGGCCCUCCGGUUUUCAUGUACUACCGUCUCACCAACUUCUACCAGAACCACCGUCGCUACGUCCAGUCGUUGGACUUGGAUCAAUUGAAGGGCACUGCGGUUCCGAAUAGCACGAUUUCGGGCAGCACGUGCGAUCCCUUGACAACGGACAGUGUUACCGGAAAGGCGUACUACCCCUGUGGCCUGAUCGCCAACUCCAUGUUUAAUGACUCGAUCGGCAAUCCGGUGCUGACUGCGGACAAAUCGACCAAUUACACCAUGACGAAGACCGGAAUUGCCUGGAACAGUGACAAAUCUCUGAUUAAGCAGACCCAGUAUAAGCCAUGGGAAGUGGUCCCCCCACCAAACUGGAAGGAUUACAACGGUUCCUACGAGAAGACCGGUAUUCCUAAUCUUCACGAAAAUGAAGAUUUCAUGGUCUGGAUGCGGACAGCGGGAUUGCCAUCCUUUAGCAAACUUUCCCGCCGCAACGAUGACGACGCCAUGCAGCCAGGAGACUAUCGUCUGGAUAUUGUCGACCAAUUCCCCGUUACCGAGUACGAUGGAACCAAGUCGAUCUUGCUCUCCACUCGCACAGUCAUCGGCGGUAAGAACCCCUUCAUGGGAAUUGCUUACGUGGUUGUUGGCGGUGUUUGCGUACUCUUGGGAGCCUUGUUCACCGUGGCCUACUUGAUUCGACCCAGAAAACUGGGUGAUCACACCUAUCUGACCUGGGAUGCGACCAACCAACCAACCACUGCCGUGGCCUCGGGGCGGGAUGACCGAAUCCGCCCCAGUGCACCUUGA